AUGGUAUCGAUUUACGCCCAAAUGGUCCAGAGACUCAAGGAAGAUGAUAUCUUGAGUAAGUGGAGGGAAGUGACUCCAUUAAAGAAAAUAUCAGGAAUCCCACGGUCUGCGGGAUCUGCUAGUGAAACUGAUGGCUCGGAAAAUGUGUUUGAGGGACAUGACGAGGAACAAAUCCGACUUAUGGAUGAAUUAUGCAUUGUAUUGGAUUACUAUGACAAGCCAGUUGGAGCAGGAACUAAGAAGCUUUGUCAUUUGAUGGAGAACAUCAAUGGAGGUUUACUACAUAGAGCAUUUUCGGUAUUUCUCUUCAACGAAGAUGGGAAAUUAUUAUUACAGCAACGUGCUGAUAAGAAGAUCACAUUUCCAGGUAUGUGGACAAACACUUGCUGCUCCCAUCCUCUUUGUGUUAGCUCUGAGCUAGGUAUAUCUUCUGAAAGAGCUACUGGAAACUUGAAUAAUCUUCCUACAGCUAUUGAGGGUGCAAAAAUUGCGGCUCAGAGAAAACUAGAGCAUGAAUUAGGCAUCCCUGCUAGUGAUUCGCCAAUAGAGCGAUUCCAAUAUUUAACAAGAAUUCACUAUAAAUCAGCUUCUGGUGGUGAAUCCAGCAAAUGGGGUGAACAUGAGAUUGACUACAUCUUGAUAUUAAAAACAAAGAAUAAUAUCACGUUGGAUGCUAAUUCUAACGAAGUCAAGGAUCACAAAUACGUCAGUGCCGAUGACUUGAAAGCGAUGUUUGAAGACGAUUCUUUGAUUUUUACUCCUUGGUUUAAAUUGAUAUGUCAAACAUUUUUGUUUAAGUGGUGGAGCAACUUAGAUGAUCUUGGCAAAUUCGAAGAUGAUGAAAUUCAUCGCUUGCUUUAG